GGAGGAGGAGGAGGAGGAGGAGAGGGAGGAGGAGAGGGAGGAGGAGGAGGAGGAGGAGAGGGGGGAGGGAGGGGAGGAGGGGGGGCAGGGGGAGGAGGGGGAAGGGGCAGGCUGCCACAAGAGAGGAACUUGAGGGGGAGGGGGAAGGAAGGAGGAGGAGGAGGAGGAGGAGGAGGAGGAGGAGGAAGAAGAGGAGGAGGAAGGGGAGGAGGAGGAAGGACGGCAAAUACGGAGAUCAUCUACUGUAGAAAAUCCGUUCGGAUUGUCUCUACUGGUAGAAUCUCUGAUUGUACCAGAGUGCAGUCGAGUCCCGGAUCAGGAUAG